GCAUCUCUCUCUCUCUCCAAAACAGCUUAGCUAAACGGCUUAGAAGGCUCCGCGCCAAAGUCCUCUCUCUCUCAUCGAUGGCAGCCGUAGCCGCAGUUCCGCUCGAGCCGAGCCUCGACCUAGACAAGCUCACGUACGAGAUCUUCUCCAUUCUCGAAGAGAAAUUCCUCUUUCCCUCGGAUCCCCAUCUCUUCCACGCCGGAAAAUCCCCUUCUCCAGCCUCCGGAAUUCCAAAACAUGGCAACACUGCCGCUGGCGCCGUCACCGGAGGCGGCAAGGUCCGCAUUCUCUCCAUCGACGCCGGCGGCUCCACCGACGGAAUCCUCGCCGCGAAAUCCCUCUCCCUUCUCGAAUCCUCCCUCCGCAAGAUAUCCGGCGACCCCGACGCCCGGAUCGCCGACUUCUUCGACGUCGUCGCCGGCGCCGGUGCCGGCGGGAUCCUCGCCGCUCUCCUACUCACGCGAUCCAAGUCUGGCCGGCCUCUCUUCACCGCCGACGGAGCCCUGAGGUUCCUGGCCGAGAACCGAUCUCCGGCGAAGCCGGGACUACUAAGGCGGAUUUUCCGCCCUGGCGGUUCGAGAUCUGAGCGCAUAUACCGGAAGACGUUUUCGGAGUAUACGCUUAAAGAUACGUUGAAGCCAGUGCUUAUACCCUGCUACGAUGUAUUGACGGGGGCGCCGUUCCUGUUCUCGCGCGCGGACGCGCUGGAAACAGACGGUUACGAUUUCAAGAUGAAGGAGGUGUGCCGCGCCACGUCAGUGGCCGGGGCCGCGGUGGAGAUGAGGAGCCUGGAUGGGAGGACGAAGAUCGUGGCCGUUGAUGGAGGGGUGGCGAUGAGCAAUCCGACGGCUGCAGCGAUCACGCACGUGCUGAACAACAAGCAGGAGUUCCCGUUCUGUCGUGGAGUGGAGGAUCUGAUAGUGGUGUCAUUGGGGAACGGAGAGUCAGAUUCCGGGUUGUACGGUCGCCGGAGUAUGACGCCCGGGAGGGAGCAGUUUGUCAGGAUCGCCGGAGAAGGCGUCUCGGACAUGGUUGAUCAAGCAGUGUCCAUGGCAUUUGGAGAUCUGCGGUCGAGCAAUUACAUUCGUAUUCAGGCAAACAGUUUCAAUGCCAUGAGAUCACCGGGGGCAUCGAAGAGCUUGGAUUCCGGUGAGAUGAGGAGGAUUUUGUCGAUGGCGGACGAGAUGCUAAUGCAGAGGAAUGUCGAGUCGAUCCUGUUUCGCGGGAAGAAGAUUGUGGAGAAAACGAACAUGGAUAAGCUCGAGUGGGCUGCAAAGGAGCUGAUCAAGGAAGAUAGACGGAGGAGAUCGAGUGGUCUUCCAACGGUCAUGAUCAAACAAGGAGCGACCCCGAGAACUUCAUCAUCGACCUUGUCGCCAUGUUAAUGGGAAUGGGCCCACCUCUCUCUCUUUUGCUCGCCGCUCGUAGAGCAAGAGCUGAGCGAGUUCUUAUUAAGAUAAUUAUACUUGAAAUUUGUAAAUGAGAUUGUGAAAUAUGUGAUUAUGCUAAUGUAGUUGAGCUUGUUACACCCUUGAUGAUGUGAAAAUGUCAAUUGACUAAAACAAGUUCUUGAAAGACUUCGAAAAUUGGAUAAAAUCCUUUUCUUAUCAAAGGUGUUGAUGAAAGUAGGGCCCACCUUUGUGUUUCUCUCUUUUGCUUGCCGCUCAUGGAGCUAGAACUGGGUGAGCUUUUAUUAAGAUAAUUAUAAUUGAAAUUUAUAAAUGAGAUUGAUAGAUA